GAACCAUCCUGUCAAAAAGUAGGAGACAUUGAAAGAAUAGUUUCUUAGCCGCAACCCGCUCUACUCAACACUGUCCAGGUUUGUUGGUGUCUUAUGGUAGAUUCCAAGUUCAGCCGUGGUUACUUGCAGUUGAAUGGGAUCUCCGCCAGGCGCGUAGGUACCGGUAAGUACGUCCUUGUUAAAUGAGCGUUGUGAGAAGAACUAGAAUGUCUUGGAGAGACUGCUUCAGAGGACACGACGUGACCUUCCCGAGCUACAAGAUGUCUACGGAGAAAUGUUUAAGGUCGUUUUUGGAUACUUUCUUGCGGCAUGGGUAAUGAGUAGAACAGUAGCCUAUUUGUGAAUGUCCUCAAAAUAGAGCAAUUUGCGUUUUUCUGGCGGGUGUAAACGUGUGCUCUGGGCGGACGAUGCACAUUAGUCAUCACUCGUGCACAUUUGUGUUCGUGUGUCAUCUAACGCGUUUGCAAGUUUUCGGAUAAAAACGAAACAGCAUGGUCGUGGACGCUAAUGGCACUCUUAACAGCAGCAACAUCAUGAGAGUUUACAUGAUGGAGAGGACGAAAGAGGCCAGUGCGACAAACAUGAUUUCGGAGGCACUAGUUCCACACUUGCUGAAGAUCGCUCGAGAGGCGGCGGAGGCUGCGUCCGCCACUUCGCCGCCUUCAACUCUGCUGAUGGAGAAUGACACCAGUUGCGGCGAGCAAAUUCUGAACUAUGGCAAGGUGGAGAAAGUAUUUAUUGGAGGUAUUCUCACCAUGCUCACGUUGUUUACCAUCUGCGGGAACUUGCUGGUGGUUAUAUCGGUGUGUUUUGUGAAGAAGCUGCGGCAGCCUUCUAACUAUCUUAUCGUGUCUCUUGCGGUUGCGGACCUGUCAAUCGCGGUGGCUGUGAUGCCGUUUGUCAGUAUAACGGACCUUAUUGGGGGGCAAUGGGUUUUUGGACAAGUCUUUUGCAAUGUUUUUAUUGCUAUGGACGUUAUGUGUUGCACUGCGUCUAUAAUGACUCUGUGCGUAAUCAGUAUUGACAGGUACCUGGGGAUCACCAAGCCCCUGACCUACCCGGUGAGGCAGAAUGGCUGCUGCAUGGCCAAGAUGGUGCUGUCGGUUUGGCUUCUGUCGGCCUCCAUCACCCUGCCUCCCCUCUUCGGCUGGGCCCAGAACGUCAACGAUGACAGCGUGUGCCUGAUCAGCCAGGACUUUGGUUACACCAUCUACUCCACCGCCGUGGCCUUCUACAUCCCCAUGUCCGUCAUGCUGUUCAUGUACCACCGAAUCUACCGCGCCGCCAAGCUCAGCGCCGCCAAGCACACGAUCGCCGGCUUCCCACGGAUCGGGAGGGAGGAGGCACGGCGGCGGGGCGAGGCGGCGUGUGAGGAGUCCACGGAGCAGGAGGAGGACAGCGUGUACUGCGUCUCGGCUGCCCUGCGCCUCCACAGGGAGGUGGGGGAAUGCACGCAGUUCUCCCGCCUCACGAGGAGCAGCCGCAGGAACAUCUCCGUGUUCAAGCGGGAGCAGAAGGCGGCCGCCACGCUGGGCAUCGUGGUGGGGGCGUUCACGGUGUGCUGGAUGCCCUUCUUCCUGCUGUCCACGGCCAGGCCCUUCAUCUGCCGGGCAGAGUGCCCCAGCUGCGUGCCCCUGUGGGUGGAGAGGACUCUGCUGUGGCUGGGCUACGCCAACUCCCUCAUCAACCCCUUCAUCUACGCCUUCUUCAACCGGGAUCUGAGGACCACCUACAGCAACCUGCUGCGCUGCCGCUACCGCAACAUCAACCGCAAGCUGUCUGCCGUGGGGAUGCACGAGGCACUCAAGCUGGUUGAAAAGCCCGACUCGGUUGCCUAGAUUGCCCCUACGGUGUUCGCGUGUGUCAACGCCGUCCUGGUAGCAGCCACUUGGCAGCACCGGGACACCAUCUCUUGGUGGGAAACGUCUUGCAAUGGUAUGUGGCUGGCUGGCCCACUGACCAAACAUUUUGGAUCAACGUAUGUAUGUCUAGACGCAUGGAGGGGGCCUGAAAAACUAACAAAAAAACGAAUUCUCAAAGCUGAAUGUGAGUCCAUGGUCACUGGCUUUUGUGGCUGUGACCCAACAGUUCUUCCUCUGGGCAUUUUCUUGUCGUACCACGGUCGCACUGACAUGACAAAACAAUCAAUAAUAGUUUGUUGCCUUGAGGCUUGUAAAUGAAAUUUCUUCUGUGUGUCACCUCAGGAAAACGACUGAGUCUAAAGCCCUCUACAAUUUCCUGUUGUGGUUUCACAAAACACGAUGCCUCGGAAGAGUAACGAUGGUUAACUGCAGAUUUAAAGGGCAAUCUGUGAUUGCCAAGUCCGUCUUUUCACUUUUAAAUAAAUGGUGUCCCCAAUGUCUUAUUAUGUUAUAUAACUUAUUAAUGCCUCACAGGCUUUGUUUUAUUGCGCUACGCUGUCUAAAUCCAAAAUACAAGCUUGUUUUAUGAGCUUAAACUAUGUUUAUGGAUUUGAGAGUGGUUAUAUUUCUCCAAUUUAUUUUUGUUUGAACUAAAAUGGCAGUUUUGAACGUUGAAAAUUGACAUUUUCUUUACUCACUACAAUGCCGUUGUGGCUCUGUAAAAAUGUUAUUGUGGGUUGGCUUUGCCCAAUGGAUAUAUGCUUUUACUUUAAGAUUUUUUAUUUUUAUUACAGUUAAUGCAAACAAUAAAUGCAGAUGGCCCAUUGUAUGUUGGUCAAUGGUCCGGCUGGAGAAUGGACAAUAUCCUACACCUGGAGCUUUACUGGAUUUCAUUUUUUGCAAUCUAUCUACAAAAAAAAAAUGUGUUGGACAAAUCGUUAUUUACUGUCUUAUGACAGUGGCCAUCAUGCCAUUAUUGAACACCCAGAAGAAAAAGUGCAUGAUUUUAAUUGUAAUGAGUUUUGAUAUAAUCUGGGUAUAUUCUGUGAAUCAACUGCUGACAGUUAUGAGAGAAAGGUGAUAUUGUGUGCGUUAAGUAGGAUUAUGCAUACAUGGAACUUUCAAACCCCUAAAUCACAAUAUUUGUUGUAAUUUCUGUGACCAUAAUGACAGUAUCAUCUCAGUAUACUGGCUCCUGUGUAGCUACAUCUAUUGUUGGGGAGACAGGGGCUGGUUGUCACAGAGCUUAUUACAGCCAAGUAGGGGGCACUGUGUAAAAUAUUUCUCAUCAAAUGUGUGACCUAUUUGUAUGAGGUCGUUCAUAUUGUCAGUUUGUAUAGAGAGCUAAAAAUCUUGGUGUAAGGGAAUCAUUUCACAUUUUGAUGGGUUAAAGUAAAUAUAAACUUUAGUCUAAAAUGUCUUCUGUAACUUUGUACGUUUUGGAUAUCUCUAUUUAUCAAGUUUUAUUUAAGAGUGAAAGGGAAUAGCUAUAGUUUCAGUAUAUUUAUCAGAUGCUAGAUCAAACCAUGUGGUUUCUAGCUAAACAUUUACCUCAAGAGUUCAGAUGGGGCUGGUUGUCACACAAGUAUGGGGGUUGAUUGCACUGAUGUAGCGGUAAUGCCAGGCCGGGGUGCAAGCCCUCCACCCACAGCGGGCCCUGGUGCAACCGCACCCCCCCCCACCCCCCCCAUAGCUACGCCAAUGGUCGGCUGUCACACUGUGGCAGUGCCCUUUUCUAAUAGUCGACCCAAAGGAACAAGGCUGAAGUGCAUUAUGUGCAAGAAUUUGGCACUCAAAAAGUGCACUUAUGUAUUAACUAAUCACAUCUGUCAAAACUGUGAUUCCUGUGAUUCUGACUAAGAUUAUACAAGAUUACAAAUGAUUCACAAACACAAUAUUCACAAACAAACCUUCACACUCAAAUAAGUUAUAAAAGUUUUGAUACAUUUUAUAGUUGAUGUCUGCCUCUAUCUAUCUGAUUAUAUGUAAAUAAACAUCCAAUGGGAUUUAAAGACAGUGCAGAAACAUUAUGGAUUAACAUAUAACACAUUGUGUUAAGAACAUUAUUUGGUAUCUCUAGGUAAAAAAAAAUCUUGAUUUCUUGUUGCACAUCUCAUUGGAAUAUUAAAGUGACAACCAACCCCACCACUGUGACAACCAACCCCACCCCUGUGACAACCAACCCCACCCCUGUGACAACCAAC